GCGCGGCUCUCUGUUGAUAUCCUCGUGUCAACUGUCACCCAUUCCUGUCAAGUUAAGUCACCUAGUACUAAAGGAGACUACCCUCUUAUCGAAAUUCAGUUCGAAGUCAUGAGCUUCCGAAGCGACGACGCGGCCUGUUCUGUGCUUGCAACUAGUUUCAUACGACACUGUGUGGUUUAAGAGGUGUAAACUAAAAUAAAAAUUAAGUUGUUCAUACAGGACUGUUUUUAAAGUGUUAACAAUAUGAACGCACUACCUGAGCUGCAGGAGUUGCUGCAGAAACCAAACAGUUCGCCGCUGCUCCGCGAUCAAAGAAAGGCCUCAAUCAUCCCCAGUCAAGGAAUAAGCAAAGAGAAGAAUCAUGAUUCCAACGAAGAUAUCGGACAGAAGGACGUGGUAUCCUUAAUAAUUGGCGACUAUGGUCGUUGGCAGCUGAUGAUGACGUUCCUCCUAUCACUGUUCUCUUUCCCGUGUACAUUUCACAUAUAUCUACCUACAUUUACGGUUAAAGCUACAAAAUUUUGGUGUCGGAGACCUGAGAACUUAUCAAGCUUGCCGUUAGAAUAUUGGAUUAACUACAGUCAACCGGUGGACGCAUGUUCAGUACGCGUGCUGCCUGAUGGGAUUACCGCAGAAAGUAUUAUGAACAAUACGGCUCCCAUUUUAGACUCAUUCCUGAGAUGCAAUGAGUGGGACUACGAUCGAUCAGAAGUUGGGGAUACUAUAAUAUCAGAAUGGGAUCUCGUGUGUGAUAGAGCAACACUAACUAAUUUAGCAGAAGUUGUGUUUCUAAUCGGAGUUGGAAUUGGAGGAGUUUUAGGCGGAUGGAUAUCAGAUAAAUUUGGCCGUAAAAGAAUACUCAUCGGUAUGAUGUUGGCUCAAAGUUUAUUAGCAAUCUUAUCCCUACUGAUGCAGUCGUACUUGCAAUACGUUUUAGUGAGACUCGUGAUGGGCCUCGUCUCCGUAUCUGUAGUAUACGCGGCCUUUGUGCUCUCUGUUGAAUUAGUAGGUGGUGCAUGGGUGACGAUUGCUGGAGUCUGCAAUUUCUUCCCACUGCCAUUAGCGUAUAUAAUUGUAUCGCUGCUAUCAAUGGUCUUACCUAAUUGGAGAGAUUUACAACUAGCUUUAUCCUUACCCGGAUGUUUCCUGCUUGUACUAUGGUUCGUCUUGCCAGAAUCUCCGAGAUGGUUACUCAGCGUAGGCAGAACGCAAGAAGCCAAAAUAGUAUUAGAAAAAGCAUCAAAAUUCAAUAAGAAAGACAAUAUAGCCGAUAUUGACAAAUUACUUACAUUAAAUAAAUCUGAAAUCAGGACAGAAGAACCGAGUGUACUUAUGCUUUUCAAAGGAUAUUUAUUGAAGAGAACCUUUUGCCUAUUCAUCAUAUGGUUCUCUAUGACAAUCGCAUAUUACGGACUUCUGUUAAAUAUUGGUAAAUUUAACUUGGGCAAUUUGCACAUUACUUCAAUAAUACUCGCAGCUGUAGAAAUACCUGCAAUUGCUAUAAGUAUUCCAAUACUAUUCAAAGCUGGUAGACGCAUACCAAUUUUUGUCUCUAUGGUUGUUUGUGGACUUGCUUGUGUGGCGAGUGAAGUGUUUGCUAUAUCCUUUGAGGAUAAUUGGAUAAUAAUAUCAUGCCUCAUGCUCGGGAAGUUUGCAAUCGCUUCGACAAAUAUCAUGAUGCCAAUAUUCACAGCAGAACUUUAUCCCACAAUUAUAAGGAAUCUGGGAGUGGGCGCAAGUCAAAUAUCAUCAGGGUUAGCACUCAUCUGCAUUCCCUAUUUAUGGGAAUUGGCUAAGUUGAACGAACACUUACCAAUGGUUACGAUAGCAGCCCUCAGCGCCGCAGGUGGCGCUAUUGUACUAUUGCUACCAGACACCAUUAAGUCUAAGGAACCUAAGAGAUCGGCAAAUUCUUCGUGCAAUGGAACGUUUACCGUCACUGACGAUAGAGGGCAAUAGUUGAUAUAACAAAGCUGAAAGCUCAUGUGAUCAUUACAAAAUAGUAAAAAAGUGAUAGUAAUGUAUAUUCGUCUUUAUUUUAAGUGAAAUCCUUGUUUUCUAUGAUUUUAUUCUUCAUUUCUUUCAUAUUUAAGUACACGUUAUAAAUAUAAUUUUACUGUAACGAUUUUUUUAGUAAUUAAAAGACACAAAUUGUAAAUUUUAGUAAAUAAAUCCAUCUAAAUGGUAUGGGACUUCGUACAAUUAUUAUAAUAAUCAUUUUAUUAUAAUACUUACAAUAAUAUUCGAUUAUAAAAUAUAUAAGUAUUAUGCAAACAUUCAAUAAACAAUUUUUAGCAUGAAAAAUAUCUAUUCGCAAUAAGCAGUUUAUUAAAAUUCAUAAUUGUUCUAUCCUGAAAUGUACAAUAAAUAUUUAUUAUAUUUAGUUUAAAUUUAAGUAUAUUUGUAAAUAAAAUAAUUGUAAAAGUAUUUAUACAUACCUACGUUAGGUAUUUACUAGAACUGUUACCAGUUUUAAAUUAACAAAUGUGUCAGUAGUGCUAGGUACAUUUAAGGUUUAAUUAGCUUCUUAUUUAAGGUACUACGUUUUACGAUUACUUGUUAAGAACAUGUUAAACUUCGUUAUAAUAAAUAUGACUUUCAUGCAAAAACAACAGUAGCAAAAAUGCAAUGCUGAGUCUGCGCGCUAUGAAUUGUCUGUUAUAAAAGUUAUGAUUUAAAGUUUUAUAUAUAACAAGUAGCGCCAUCUUGUUGUGAUUUAGCGAAAACAACCUGCACAAGUUUUGUUUGUGUAUAAUAUAUAUAAUUUAUUAUACAUUAUUAAAAAAAAUAUGUAAAUCAAUAUUUAAAAAUUCGAUCCAGUAAAUAUUACAAUUAUAAUUAAUAUUUUUUAGCGAGUUUUAGAGACUAUUUAAUUCGUUCGUACUUUGCUUGCCUCUAAGAGUUUGGGCUUCUGUACUUACAUUCAUUAUUAAAAAUUAUAUAAGUUUUUAGUAUCACUGUAAAAAAUGUAAUAGUGUCCGUUUUAGCAUGACCGUUGGAUUUAAAAUUACCGAAAGAAAGCGAAGCUAUUACAUUUUCGAAUUGAUAUAACAGGGCUUAAAGCUUAGCUAUCUUUUUAAAUUCUAAAUAUCAGUUAAAAAUAUUUUAGCCCUGUCAAAUUUAAAUCAUAUAAUUAGACUUAGUUAUAAAGAAGUAACAAUGAAUUUACAUACUAGUUGUUUAAGAUUAUUUAUUGGUCUCGGCAAAUUCACAAGUAUACAAAUUCUUUGAUUACAAUUUAAUCUGUAAUAUGUCACUUAUUAAAUUUUAAUCAAAGCAGUGCUAUCAUUGAACUUAAUAUAUAUUCAAAAGCGAGUCAUAACGAGCAACAGAUACAAAAAACUAUGGUAUGACAUAUUAUCUAUUUUUAUUUGUGAUAUUUAAAGAAAAUGUUGAAAGUUGUAAGAUAACCACAUGUACCUACCUAAGUAAAUAUAUGUUGAU